AUGAUUGAUCGACUGGUGAACCAUUCGCAAGUGGACUCAAUAUACCCGUCGUACCCUUGUACAUCGAAUGAAUGUCUUUUCAAUCGCGAUCAACAGGAGACAACGCGCGUACCACGAACCGCCGGAAAUACGCAAGACAUUUUGCGUAUCCUUUCAGCAACUGAGAAAUCAGUGGCAAUUGUAACAAUUGACUACGCUGGCUUCUCGACCAAUGUCAAUGACCUUUCUACUUUGGUUGAGAACCACAAAUGUCUUCAAGCGAUUGUUGUUGACAAUUUGGCAACAUUCCACCGCUCAUUGGUUUUCACCAGGCAGGAGCUUCUG